UCUUGCGAGUUUUGUGAUCAAUCAGGGACUCGUGAUUCCGCUCGGGCUAUUACGUGUUUUAAUUCAUAAUAGUUAGUGUUGUUUUUAUGUUGUGCGAUUCUAAUUGUUCGCGUGUUGUGCUACAACCCUCCAGUUUCCAAGAGGAGGUGUUUGUGUAUGGUGCCUUGAAUAUGGUACAAGGAAGCUCAGGCUUAGCGUCGUAUAAUGGAGCUUCAGGAUAUAACUCUACGUGUUCUGUAUGACUUCAAGUAUGCCACUAAAGAUGGAAAGAAAGUGGAAAUUAAAGAAGGUGAGAAACUGUAUCUUAUAAAGAAGACUAAUGAGGAUUGGUGGCAGGUCAUCCGCAGUAGUGGAAAACCUUUUUAUGUGCCUGCAUCGUACGUCAAAGAAGUCAGACGCAUCAAUAAUGAAAAUGCCAAACCAGAAAUUCUCUCUAAUUCCAAUCCAACUUUUGUCAAUGACAGUAAUGACACAAAAAGUCUAGAGUGUAACCCGACCCCUCAUACAAAUGACUUUCGGGAGAGGUCUCACUCUGUCGAUCAUGUGCCUGAAAGCAAAGAGAAAAGACCCGUCCCAACCAAAAGAACAAUUUUUGACAAACCUAUUCCUCCGUAUGAAAACAUUCCCAUAGAUGAAGUGGCUAAAACAAGAAUCAUUGAUGGACAUAUUACCACUGAAUCAGUACAGAAGUCCUCAUUUUUCAGAGCUGCCACGUUGGACGAAGAGGCUGAUUAUGUAAACCUUCGAAAAGAGGGAGACGGUUUUGUAAUUGAUGACAGCCCUGUUAGCACGUUGAAUUCAUUGAAUUCCUCAAGAGGAUCUAUUGGAAAUCAGUCAACACAAAGUGACAAAAUUCCUGGGACAAACGGUUACUCUCAUGUCAGCCUUAACAAGCAAGACUCGCCCGUCAAUGUCACACCGAUAAAAUUGACGAACUCUUUAGAAGAGUUGAACAAUGAAAUUAAACUAAAAGCAGAAAUCAUCAGCUCGAACAAGAGUUUGAAUCUGCCGAUCAAAGAAUCAAGCCGAGAAGAAUUGAAUAAUCAUGAUUCAAAAAAUAAUCUCCAUUACAGUGGUAGUUUUAAAACCAAACAUGAGCGGGCGAAGUGGGGUAAACAGCAGCUGUUGCCCCCCGCGCGGGAAGAAAAAAGCGAUGAACAAGAUUCGGAGCCUCCGUCACCAGAAGUUGAACAGCCGGCACCUGAAAAAGAGUCCAGUAACAUGGAAACACCAGAAUGUGAUCCAAAGAAGAAAGAUUCCGAACCGAUAUUCAAGCCCUCUGAAACGGAGGCGAUCAAAAAUAAAGAGCCAUUGAUCAUCGAAGGUGAUAGGAAAUCUAUAUCCGCCCUGAAAAACAACUUUGAAGCCAAGUCUGAGGACAGUGGCAAAUUGACAGGUCGUAAAUCGUUCGAUGGCCAUGCUGAACCACCUCGGAAAAUCAGUGAAUCGAAUCAUGUGAAACAGAUAGUGGAAAUAUUCAGCAACAAGGAUCGCAACACUUCUCGGGAGAGUAUCCACAACGACUCAACGGAGUUGAAGGAAAAUAGUUCAGUGUCUGUGAGUAGUGUAGUGCAGGAGUUGGACCGCCGCUCUAGUACCAUGGAUGUGAGUCGGUUGUCCACUUCGGAUAAAGGCUCCACGGAGAGUCUUCUGGAUGUAGACUACAGUUUAAAUCGUAGAAAAGCAUCGGUUGGCACGACUGCCUCGGAGUCAAUUUUGCAAACGGAUGAUAAUUUUUCGGAAAGUGGUGAUGACUUAAUAAUGGAUUCAUCAAGGAAAAGUAGUUCGAAGGUCACUGGAGAUCGGAAAAAACGAAGAUCAUCGCUGAAGAGGAAUAGAAGGGUGGAGUCGUGUCGACUGCGGUUCCCGCUGUCGUCGAUCUCGCCGCCGACGGUGCUGGCCGAGCAGGAGCCCGUGCGGGAACUCCUCGGCGGCUGGGCAGAGUACUUGACCGCCGACGGCCGGACCUUCUACCACAACUCCCGCUCCGGCGAGAGCAGCUGGAAACCCCCCAGGCGCAGAUAUAACACCGACAAUGAAGACUCGCGGGACGGAAGCUCAGGGAACAUAUAUUCGGGAAGUUCUAGUCCUCUGGCGGAAGUAGACGAAUCGCCGACGACGUCCAGCGUGGAGCUCCUGUCUGUGCCCACCGGCUGGUCCGCCCACAUCGACAAGGACACCGGUCUCCCCUGCUACGUCAACGCCGUCACCGGAGCCAGGUGGUUUUCAUCAAAUGAUUACGAGGGCCGAGUCUACUUCUUCGAGGAGAACAGCAAUGAGUCUUCAUGGACAUUGCCAGAGAAUCCUGAUCCUUCAAACGCCAAUGAAUCAACAGGAAAUGAAAAAGAGAGUACUCAAGACCAAUCGCCUGCACAUGAGCCACCUGUCAAGUCUGGUAAAGUGGAUGGAGCGCCUGAGGAAAAAAACUUGAGUAGAUCUAUCAAGUCCAGAUCAAUGAUUCUACUAGAUUCCAAACUAGAGGAGUUAACACCCAUGUCUAGGAAUUGGCCUCAGCUAUGGAAUGGCCACAUGUGUAUUCUGCAAGAAGGUUCCUUAAACCGUACCAAAAUAACAGAAAAUGGUAAACGAUUGAGGAAAAAUUGGGCCUCUGCUUACGUAGUCCUAACCGAAUUGUUUCUCCUUUUCUUUAAAGACGCUAAAUCUUUUGCUGCCAUGAAAAAUGGUGGCUGGAAACCAGAGCUCUGUGUUGAUUUAAACGGUGCGCUGAUCGACCGAGGCGAUAAAGUAUCCAGUCGAAAAAAUGUUUUCAUUAUAAGCACAGUAUUAGGUCUUCAAGUGUUGAUCCAAUGCGACUGCACGGCAACUGCAAGUAGUUGGCUCAAUGCCAUACAGUCAGCAAUUAAAAAUUUGCCUUCUGGAUUUGAUAACUGCUCAAGACUUAUCAGGAACUCAACAUCUCCGGAAUGCAACUCUCCUGAAGGUGGCAAGAAAGCAAAAAUAGGCCGCUCAAAAUCAGUCAAAUUGAAAAAUAAAGAUGGCAGUAUAGAAGAUUUAACGAUUAGUGUAGCAGAAAGACAGACAAAAAUCCGAGCGAGACUGAAGAAAUUCUUCCACCGAAGACCAACUAUGGAAUCCCUAGUCAAAAAAGGAAUCUGGAAAGAUGAGCCGGUCUUCGGGUGUUUCCUGGAGCAGGUCUGUUCUGGAGAGUCGCCUCGCGUCCCGCUAGUCGUUCAGCGAUGCAUCAAAUGCAUUGAAUCGUCCGAGGAGAACAUGAAGGCUGAUGGCCUAUACCGUGCAUCCGGGAACCUGUCACAGGUUCAGAAAAUUCGCCUCCAGGUCGACCAAAACAAUCUGGCAGUCUUGGACCAAGAAGAGGAUGUGCACGUUUUGACUGGCGCCCUUAAGCUCUUCUUCCGCGAACUGAAGGAGCCGUUGAUCCCGUGUCACCUCUUCAAUAAAGCUUUGAAAGCUAGCACAAGUCACAGCAGAAAAGAGAAACUGAACUGUUUCCGUGAAAUUACCAAAGCAUUACCUACAGCUAAUCAUGAUACACUUAAGUUUUUAUUGCAGCAUUUACUAAGAGUUACCAAGUACAAAGAAUUCAAUCGCAUGCACAUCCCAAAUCUAGCCAUCGUUUUUGGACCAACGCUCAUGUGGCCAGCUCAGGAGUCUGCUAAUAUGGCGCUAGAUUUAAUGCAGCAAAAUCUGGUCAUAGAAUGUUUCCUCGUUGAAUUUGAACAGAUUUUUCGAUAAUUUCUAGGCCUCUCAAGUGUGGUAAAAUUAUUAUCAAUUAGGUAGCUAAUAUGGCUUUCCCAACGGACAAUAUGUCGAUCUCUUUUAAACUUACCAAAUUUCAGUAACAUAGCAGACACAGUUGCUAUUUAUUAGUUUUUGAUUCUCCUUAAAAUGAUCUGUUCUAAAAUCUAUGUUGGUAUUCAAAGUUACUCGAAACUUCAAUGACUUGCUAUUAGAGUUGAACUGGAUAACCAGUCAUUUUUCUAUACUGACUGGAUAAAACUUUUGCAUGCUUAGUAGUCACUGUUUUUCAGUGUCUUAAGUUCACUUAUCUUAUGCUCAGAAUUUUCAGCACUUGUCUCUGUGUGUAGCUGAUCAGUUGUUCAAGUCCUUGAAUUGCGUUUUUCUGAUUUAAACCUGUAGGUUAGCAAGAAAUAAUAAAAUCAAUUUGAAUGCCUGACCAGGACUACAUUCAAUACUAACGAAGAUAUCAUCUUUUGAAAAAACACAGUGUACGACUUCAUACACUGUGGUAGCAUAUGCAUCCAUAGUUUUUACACCUGUGAUUCAUCAAUAAGUGAUACACAUAUUAGCACUGAUUGCUCCUCUUUUCAUGCAUCAUGAAUUUUUAAAAAAAAUUGAAGGAUCGUGGCAUGCAGUGGAUGAUGUCAUACGCCGGGUUUUUUUUUUUCUUCUUCUUUUUUUCUUUUUUUUUCUUUUAUAAGGGGAGCAUUUCUAUUAAUACAGGACAUGAAAAGUUGAUAUUUGGAUGGAUCUUGUUAUUUUUUGCUGACGUUUAAUCUGAUAUCACCAAAACACGAUUCUGUGACUAGCGCAACUGACCCAUUGCUACCUCAAAAAUUUGAACACUUAUAAUUGACAUGAAAUUCUACAAGAUAUGAAACAGAUUUUGACAACUUAUUAAUUUAGCCUUCAAUCACUAACAAGAAAUAGUACAGAAGCUUGUUCUAGGUGUCUAUUUUUACAAAAUUUACCUCUGAAACCGUAAUUUCAAGCCAAAAGUGACUGAAGAUGAAGUAUCCCAUUCAAUUGGUAAAAUUGAAAGGUGAUUCUUGCAUUCUCUUGAAUUCUCUCUUUGGUGUUCAGUUACUUUUGACUACAGGCUUUUCAAAAGUAUUUUUUUGAGAAAUGAACAGCUCACAACAUAUUGCUCCUGUAUUUUUUUUUUUUUUUUUUUUUUUUUUUUUUUUAAGUUAAAAGAUAACUCCUUCCUUUAGCAAACUUUGCUCAAUGCAGUCAAAUCUCACUAAGUCAGAACUUGUUUAUGUCAGAAACCGUACUAAUACAUGAAAAUUCCCUGUCCUAUUUUUCACCUAUUUACGCGAUGACAACAAAGUUUGCAUAAGUCAGCUUCUUUGUAUGUCAUAAGUCUUGAGGAGGCCUCAUACUUAUAGGAACAAUAUGAAUUCCUCACUCAGCACCAUUUCUUCCUGAGUAGCCCUGUUGUUCCUAUGGUGCCAGCAGCGGUCGGUAGACGAGUCAUCAUGGUAUGUAGUAAUUUUGACAGAUUUUGGCGGGAAAUUUAAAGUGCAAAAUGGAAUAAUAGUAAGUUUGUUGAUUCUGGAGCUCCACUAAGUGAAAUAAAUCCAUAAUCUCAAUGCAUUUUGACUCAGUGGGGUUUGACUGUAUCUAAUAGUUGUUCAUUUUCAGAGCAGGAUCAUUUCACUGUUUAAUUUAGAAAGACGCAGACUUUUGCAAAAUAGUAAUUUUUAAAACGGAAGACCAAGACUCAUUGGACAAGUGCUGGCUUUAUUGACGCCAGGCAAAGUUGACGAUUUUUCAUACCCAGAUUGAAUCACAGCAACCUUGAUCCGAUGACUAAUGCAGUGACUAACUCGGUCAUGUCUGAAGUGAGUCUGGAAGGGUUAAAUUUUAGAUUUUUUACUUUGGGAGGAGUUUUUCUUCGUUUUUGUUCGGGGGCUGUUACGGAAAGAAAAUAUUCGUGUUUAAAAAUGAAAAAUUCAUGUAGAAAAGUCUUCAGCCUAUGUCCAGUUGAGUCUCAGGUGUUCAUUAAUUUCUACGAGAUUCUUUGUGUUGGGAAAGCAGAAAGCUACGCUGCACUGAAGAUACGCAAAAAUAAAAUGUGCAUGUAUAAAUCACUUUUUGUUUGUGAUCUCUUUUCAUUAGUUUAAAAAGAUUUGAUAAAUGUUUCGAUCUUUAAUCGUGCCCUGUAAAUAUACUCUAAGUAAGAAAAGAUUAUAUGUGAUGGCUGUAAACUGUGUUAUGAUAGAAUACCCUUUUACUAUUUUCUUCCUUUCCUGUCCAUCAAAUGAUGUAUAUAUUCAGUUGCUUUUUUUCCUUUGUCAGAUGUUUAAUUAAUCAUGUUAUCUCAUGGCAGUCUAGCUGCUCUGUUUAUUUUAUGGUUCAGGACAAGGAGUUAUAACCUGUCAAGUUUUAGGCUGUAUGACAAUUUUAUGCACCAAAUAUCUUGGGCUCAAUGUAAGGAUGAGUACCUUCUGCAAAGCAAUACCUGUAUUACCGUGGUCUUUAAAAUUUUAAGUUUUAUGAUAAAUCUAUUUUCUUAAAUUUUCUCCAGAAUUUGAAAUUGCAGAACAAAUUAAUAUUUUAUCAUUGUAUAUUUUAUCUGCUACUGUCAUGUUUGAGAAAGGCCUUGUAUAAAGACGUACUAUUUUUUCAUUCGGAAUCAGAUCAUAUUUUGAUGAACUCUUAUUUACCCCUCUGCAAAGCUUUUCAAUUUAAUGAGCUUCCCAUAGCCUUUGGAAUAUUUCUAUUAUGUUUGUAUCUGUAAUAAUCGACCAUUUUAUUUUUAUGAAGUCGAAGAUUGUAUUUCUUACGGUUCGAUCGAAUCAAAAGAUUUGUUUGACCCAAAAACUCAGCCGAAAGCUGCUCCAAAGUUAAAAAUUGUUGUUUGUUUCCCGCUUGUUAACCGUGACUAUGGACGAUUUAUUUCACAAAAUUUUUCUUGUUUCUAAUCUGAAGAAUUGUCUUGUUAGAAAAUAGUCUGAAAAUUUUAUCUCUCGGUUUUUUUUUUAUUUUUAUUUUCAUUGGAAUUGUACGUUCCGUUUGCAUUUAGGAUCUAUGAAUUUUUAUCAUUCCACCUUCAGAUCAUCUCAGAUUUUGAUAUAAUGUUGAUUUUACUACAAGCAUGAAGUUUUUGCUGUUUAUACUGAUCUCGAAAAAAGCUAAUAAAAAAAUAUUCUGCAAUUGACUCAUUCUGCCAGCAGAUUAUCAGAAGUGAGGCAGUCCUGCACUCUAACCGAAAAUGUUACAUUUUUAAAUAAUAGUGGAUUU